UCCAGCAGCCUGUACAGCUGAAUCUCUCAGUCACUGACUCUGCACACACUCUAGCUGGGAGCACACUUUGUUAUAGACACAAUGGUGCUGAAUUUACACAGCUGGGCUACUGUGCAUCUCCUGUCCUUACUCUUUUCAGCUUGCAUGGCAUAUAUUGCUACCAGAGAAAACUGCUGCAUCUUAGAUGAACGAUUUGGUAACUAUUGCCCAACUACAUGCGGCAUUGCAGACUUCUUGAAUAAAUACCACCCUGAUGUGGAUAAGCAGCUGCAGGUCCUUGAAAAUCUCUUGCAGCAGAUCACUAACUCUUCUGUUGUAACGGAACAGUUGAUCCGCCAAAUCCGAAUCCUCAGCCCCCCAGAGAAACAGACUCAGUCAAAUGUGAUCGACGGUUUUACUCAAAAAACCAGGAAAAUAAUUGAUGAAAUUAUCAGAUAUGAAAACACUAUUGUGGAACAUGAACAUACUAUACAGCAACUGACAGAUAUGUUGAUAUUAAACACCAACAAGAUUUCACAACUAAAACAGAAGACUAAUCAGCUUGCAUCACAAUGUCAGGAGCCAUGCAGAGACACAGUUCAAAUACUGGAUACAACUGGAAGAGAUUGUCAAGACAUUGCACAUAAAGGUGCCAGACACAGUGGUCUUUACUUCAUCAAACCUCUAGGAGCUAAGCAACAGUUCCUAGUCUAUUGUGAGAUUGACACAUUUGGCAAUGGAUGGACAGUGUUCCAGAGAAGACUUGAUGGGAGCGUGGACUUCAAGAAAAACUGGGUUCAGUACAAAGAAGGAUUUGGACACCUGUCACCAGAUGAUCAGACAGAGUACUGGCUGGGAAAUGAAAAGAUUCAUUUAAUAACCACUCAGUCUACUAUUCCAUAUGCUUUAAGGAUAGAACUGGAAGACUGGGAGAAUAAAAGAAGUACUGCAGACUAUGCUGUGUUCAAAGUGGGACCUGAAGCAGACAAGUACCGACUGACCUAUGCCUAUUUUGUUGCUGGCGGUGAAGCUGGGAAUGCCCUCGAUGGUUUUGAUUUUGGAGAUGAUCCCAGUGACAAAUAUUUUACAUCCCAUAAUGGCAUGCAGUUCAGUACCUAUGAUAGUGACAAUGAUAAAUUUGAGGGCAAUUGUGCUGAACAGGAUGGAGCAGGAUGGUGGAUGAAUAGAUGUCAUGCUGGUAACCUCAAUGGAAAAUAUUAUACAGGAGGCACUUACUCAGCAAAAGAUGUUGGUCCAGCUGGAUAUGACAAUGGGAUUAUCUGGGCAACCUGGCGUUCUCGGUGGUAUUCCAUGAAGAAAACUACGAUGAAAGUCAUCCCAUUCAAUAGACUUUCAAUAGGAGAAGGACAGCAGCACAACUUAGGUGGCUCCAAACAGAUUGGAUUAGAUGGCCGAGGCGAUAUUUAGAAAGAUAACAGACAGCAGGUUGGAGACAUUUAAAGAGACAGUUUAACAAAGAUUUAUCUGGACAGGAAAACAAAAUCUUUUACGUCUGGGACACUGACUUCAUCUAAACUUGUUCAGUUCAGCUCUGGCUGUUAAUUGAUGCCCACUAUUAAAACAAAAUCAUUCAAUGCCCAAGCCUUUUUGUGUGAGUAAGUUACUGUGUCUGCUCUGUGUGGGGUUAUUCUUCUGUAUACACUUUCAAUAAAA